AUGAAAGUUAUUAUUACUCUGAAUUCUGAACAACAUGAAAUAUAAUUGUCAGAUCCAACUAUUGAUGCUUUAAUUCAUGCUAUUUAAGACCAAUUUAAUAUAUCUUUUUAAUUUGAAUUGCUUACAACUGACAAUCACACAUUAAAUGAAAUAUAAGAAGGAAUGCAAAUCAUAGUCUAAAAAGUUGAAAAAGACUAAGUGAAUCUAACAAAAUUUAAAUCUUUCUUUGCAAAAGCAGGAUCAAUUAUUAAAUCUAAAACAAUAAGUCAUAAAUUCUCUUUAUCAAAAAUAAAUCAAGUCUCUAAUUAGAAAUCUUCUGUUUAAAUUUCAGAUUCAAAACUUAAGAUACCAGAUCAAUAAUCUUAAUAGAUGGACAUAAAUAAUUAAUCGGUUGAUGAGUAAAAUAUUUAAAAGUGCGAAUUAUCAGGGAUUCUAUAAUAAGACUCAGCUAUGGUUUUAGAUGAAAAAUAAUCUGAUAGAUAAUUAUUAAAUGAAUUACAAUUAGAAUCAGAAAAAAUGCAUAAACCUCACAAUUCUCAAGAAUAGAAGAAAAGAAAAAAAAAUACUUCCAUCAAAUAAUAGUCUUAAACAACCAAAGAUUAAGCCUUUGCUUAUGCAGAAGAAAUUGCUAAUAUUCCCAGACUUAAUAAACGAUAACAAAUAUUAUAGAGAAUGGAAGAGGAAAAAGCAGAGAAAGAACGAAUUGCGAGAUAACAAUAGGAAGCUAAUAGAAUAAUUAAGUAGAUUUAAGAAAAGAUCAAGCAAAAAGAAAUAUUGCUAAAAUAAAAAGAAGAGGCUUUAUAGAUGCCUGAAUUAGAGAAAAGAAAAGCUGUUCUAGCUUAAAAAAGAGAAUUGAGUUAACCUAUCAAACUAAGUGACUUGACAGAACAUCAAAAAAAGUAUGAAGAAGACAGAAAAAUUAAAGAGUAUGAAAGAGAACAUCAUAAGUAGGAACUGGAGUUUGAAAGCAAAUAAAAGUCACUCAAAUUUCCUAAGAGCCAAGCUUAGAUAAGAGUUGAAGAAGAACAAAAAUAGCAAAAAUUGAUAAGGGAAUAGGAAAUGGAAUAAAAAAAAUUGGCCAGAAUGAAAUAAUUAAAAUAUGCAGAUGUUGCUUAAGAGAUAUAUUUCAAAGAACAUCCUUUAAAACCUAAAUAAUCUCCACCUCCAAAGGAAGAAUCAUCUAAACAAAUUAAAGAAAUUCAAAUUACAGAAUAAAACCUAAGAAAAAUUCAAAAGUUUAUUCCUAAAUAAAGGCAUAUAAGCUAAGAUUCAAAAGAUUCUAUGACAGAUUUAAGUAAUCAUUAAGAGAAUCGACCUCCAAAACCUAUGGCCAAAAAACUAUAAAAGGUUGUAGAAAAGAUUGAAAAACCUUCAGAACUUCCACCUAAACCAAAAACAACUGAUUAUCUCUAAUAGUUGAGAUUAUAAAGAAAAGUUCAAGUAAGCAUGGAAGAUCAAUGGGAAAAGAUUAUUGAAAAUAAAGGUUUAGAAAAUGAAUAGAAAGUCUAAAAUGUUUUGAAUAAUGUAUAAAAAUUAGAGUAAAAGGCAAAAGAAAGAGAGAAAUUAGCCCUGAUAAAUCGAGAUGUUUAAGCAGAAGAAGAAGCUAAUAAUUUAUAUAUUGCCAGCAUUAGAGCUAAAUUAGCGAUACUGGAGAAAAAUUGA